AUGGCCUCCAACUUUAACGAUAUAGUCAAGCAAGGUUAUGUGAAAAUCCGCAGCAGGAAGCUGGGGAUUUUCAGAAGAUGUUGGUUAGUUUUCAAGAAAGCUUCUAGUAAAGGACCUAGAAGGCUAGAAAAAUUUCCUGAUGAGAAGGCAGCCUAUUUCAGAAAUUUUCACAAGGUAACUGAGUUGCACAACAUCAAAAAUAUAACUAGAUUGCCUCGAGAGACAAAGAAGCAUGCAGUGGCAAUUAUCUUUCAUGAUGAGACGUCAAAGACAUUUGCCUGUGAGUCAGAGCUUGAAGCAGAGGAGUGGUGCAAACAUUUGUGUAUAGAAUGUCUAGGAACCAGGCUUAAUGAUAUAAGCCUUGGUGAGCCUGAUCUGCUUGCUGCUGGAGUUCAGAGAGAACAAAAUGAGCGAUUCAACGUAUACCUUAUGCCUACACCAAAUUUAGAUAUCUAUGGAGAAUGUACAAUGCAGAUCACUCAUGAAAACAUCUAUCUCUGGGAUAUCCACAAUGCUAAAGUGAAGCUUGUCAUGUGGCCUCUAAGUUCACUAAGGAGAUAUGGGCGUGACUCGACAUGGUUCACGUUUGAAUCUGGAAGGAUGUGUGACACUGGAGAAGGGCUGUUCACCUUUCAGACAAGGGAAGGGGAGAUGAUCUAUCAGAAGGUCCAUUCUGCAACACUGGCAAUAGCUGAGCAACAUGAAAGAUUGAUGAUGGAGAUGGAACAGAAAGCACGGCUUCAGACCAGUUUGACUGAACCAAUGACAUUACCAAAAUCAAUCUCACUUCCUCGUAGUGCAUACUGGCAUCACAUCACUCGGCAGAACAGCAUGGGAGAAAUCUACAGUUUACAAGGUCACACUCUCAGCUCAACAAAGGUGUCUCGUGCACAGACAUUUCCCAGCUACACCUUGGAGCAGAGCGAGGAGCACGAGCAACACCUAUCACUGUCUAGCAGCUAUGGAUUCAGCUACAGCUCAGGCCUCCUCCAAUGA